CCAGGCCCAACCCCCUCAUGGCACAUGCACCUGAUCGGCCACCGCUCCGACAUCGCCAACCUAUCUGAGCGCUUUUGUAUCGUGAGACUGGUCGUUUGGACGAGAAGUGCAUGUCACACACAAGUACUACUAUCUUGAACUGCAUGCUGGUCAGUUGAAACAUACUACCGACUGUACAUAGUACUAAGUAUAUAUUUCGAAUAUUCAUCGUUCAAUCAUCCGCUUCACAAUGCGGAUCCUCGCUGAGCCCGAUGUCUCUAAGAUCCUGCGCGAGUUGGAUCAGCCGCAAUGCCAUGACUUCCUCGAUGCUCUCUGCGACUCUCUCACAGCCGUCUCCAAUCAAUCGAUUCUCCCGGAGACGGAGCACCGCAUUCACCAACCCCUCCGCAGCACCAUUCUCACCAAAGAACAGAACCUUUCCCUCUUCAUGCCCGUCUCCAACACCGUCAGCACAGGGAUCAAAAUCGUUACGGCCUCACAGUCUCAUGGCCUCAUCGGAGUCAUCAAUAUCUUCUCGCCCGAAGGCAGUCUACAGGGUCUCUUGAGCGCGGCCAAGAUCACCGCCUUCCGCACAGCCCUGACAAUCAUGUCCCUGCUCGUUCGCUGCAAGUCGCUGAGCAAGGAGAACGUGGUCAUCCUGGGUUCCGGCCGCCAGGCAGAAUGGCACGCGCGACUGGUUCUACUCUUGUUCCCAGAACACGUGCGCUCAAUCACCAUCCUCAACCGUGGUCGCAGGCGCCUCGAGGAGUUGGAGCAGGAGGUUCUAGGGGCGCUGCGUACUAGGUACCCGCAUGUUAGCAUCACGACGGUCGCCAAGGACGCCGUAGGCACUGACACCUGGGAGGAGAAGCUGCAGGCAGCCUUGCAGGCGUGCGACGUCCUGUUCAGCUGUACACCGGCCACGGAGCCGAACUUCCCCGCGUCAUAUCUACAGCCGUUCCGGCAGCGAUUUAUCUCGCUGAUCGGAUCGUACAAACCGCAUAUGCGGGAGGUUGAUACGGAAACGCUACUCUCGGGUGGGGGGAAAGUUUACGUGGAUUUGAAAGAGGCCUGUCUAGAGGAAUCGGGCGAAUUGAUUCUGGCCGAGAUGAAGGAAGAGCAGUUGAUUGAGGUUGGUGAGUUGUAUGGUAAGCUUAAGGGCGCGCCGGUGGAGGUGCCUCAGAGCUGCAAUGUGAUCUUCAAGUGCGUGGGCAUGGGAAUCAUGGAUCUGGUUAUUGGAAAUAAGUUGUUGGACGUUGGACGCGAGAGGGGGAUUGGCAUGGAAGUAGAUGGGUUUUAAGCAUUAGCUUGGUGGAGUGAAACAUAACGAUCAAGUAAGUGAUAUCAAAGGUUUCAAAGCAGAAAGCACUCGGUUAGUAGAAUCAAA